AUGAACUCAUUCAUGAUGGAGAGAAACGAAAUAAUUCAAAAGGUGCCCCCGGUCAAAAUAAUCAUUGUUGGAGGCGCCGUUGGCGGGAUGUCAGCAGCUCUUCGAGCGCGGCGACUGAAUGAGACAGCUUCGAUCAUUUUCAUUGAGAAAGAUGACCACACGUGUUACGCCAAUUCUGGUGCACCUUCCUCGGUGGGUGGUGUGAUUCAGACAGAUACCUUUCUCAUCCACCAGUCACCCACGGGGCUGAAAGAUCGAUUCAAUUUGGAUGUGCGUGAUAACACUGAGCUAGUCAAAAUAUCGAAAGAACAGCAUUCGAUUCUAGUGAGACGAUCGGACACUAAUGAAAUUUAUCCCCUGCCGUACGAUAAAUUGAUCCUCGCCCUAGGCGCUUAUUUACUUCUACCGCACGUCCCGGGCAUCGACAACGCCAACGUGUUCUCCUUUCAAACAAUGGCGGAUCUAGAACGGAUCAAUAAGUUCGUUCAAGCAAAUCUGUGCCGAUCGGCUGUGAUCAUCGGGGGAGAAUAUCUCGCUCUAAAAGCUCUCGAGAGUCUUUACCACUUUGGACUUCACGUCAGCGUUGUGCACGCCCAGGAGCGCAUCUUUGAAGACUUCGACGUCGACAUUGCGAAUCUGAUACAAUCGGAACUCACAAAAAAUGGGAUUCAAUUUUACCGGAAUGCCAGUAUUCAGAAAAUUUGUCCUGGAAAUAGUGAAGGUGGCUGUGUCGUGACACUGGCCAGCGAUAUCAGCAUCCCGGCCGAUAUCAUCGUAUUAGCCACUGGGCUUACUCCCCGAAUCGAGGUUGCAAAAGACUCCGGUCUUGAAUGCAGAAAUGGAAUCUUGGUGAAUCCAUUUAUGCAAACCAGUGAUUCUGAUAUUUAUGCGGUUGGUGAUGUUGCAGAAACCGAGGCUUCCAUCUCGCCUAGGUUAAAUUUGCCACCUCUCGGCGGUCCCGCAAGUCAGCAAGGUCGCGUUGCAGCUGAUCACAUUAUGCAAAGAGCAUUCCCAUAUCGGGGUCCUAUCGGCACCUACAGCUGCAGAGUACCUCAUCUCACUGUGGCUAUCAUCGGGCCUUCGGUACAGGCACUUAAGAGAAUUGGUUUUUACCCUCUAUCAGUAACAGCUCAUAUCCCUGACCACCCUGGGUACUAUCCAACAUCUCAACAAACGACGGUGAGGUUGGCAUUUCAGCAAGCCAGUGGACGUCUUUUGAGUGCUCAAAUCCUUGGUCGCUCGGGGGUAGAGAGACGAAUUGACGUCGUGUCCACGGCGUUGCAAGCUGGCAUGUCUGUCUUUGACUUGGAGAAUCUCGAACUAUCAUACACUCCUGAGUAUGGCUCAGCAAAAGACCCAGUCAAUAUGGUCGGUAUGAUAGCGAGCAAUUUAGUCAGAGGAGACCUUCAUGUCGUCUCACCACGCGAUCUUAGCGAUCACCUGCUCGAUUGGCAAAUUGUCGAUGUACGCUCUGCUGAAAGCUUUGCCACGUGCCAUGUUCCAUCCGCGGUGAACGUUCCCAUUGAUGAACUGCGUGAGAACUUGGACAAAUUUGACAAAAAACGUCCAAUGGUUGCAUACUCGAGAGUGGGCUAUCAUGGCUACCUUGCUUAUCGAAUUCUGGUACAGUCAGGGUUUCAGGUGGCUAAUCUGGACGGAGGCUUGAAAUUAUUGAUUGAAGGAGGCUCCGAUAUACGCUUGGCGUCGAGUUGA